AUGUAUCGUAAUAUAGUGAAACGAGAUGAAGUUAAUAAGGAACGAAUUAAAAAUGCUGCAACAAUUGGUCUUUAUAUAUUUGAACAUAACGAACUAUCUUAUUCGUGUGAGCUUACAUUGAAACAUGAUAUAACACAAAAUCAACAUAAUGAUGCAGCAUCUUAUAAGAUAGCAGAAUUGCUCGAUCUCUGCGAUCAUGCACUAUUGAUUGGGAAAUCUGGAGCCUCCACUGAUAAUUCAGUUGAUGAUGAUGGUACUGAAAAGUUAAUGAAUCAAUUUAUCAUGCAAGUUGAUUUGGCACAGCAAAUUACCACUGUGGCUUCAAGACUGAUUCAAUAUGGUCAUUUUCUUUAUCAAAAGAUGCACGAAGAAGCUCAUGGAAUCCUCAACUUGCAAAAAUUGUUGGACAAAUUAACUAAUGACAUGGAAAAAUGGGAAAAAAUAGUUGAUCAAGCACAAAAUGAACAUUACUAUUUAACCUUCUUUUCUGCACAUCAUAUUCUAACCUUUUAUUAUUAUUUUAAAAGUAUUGAACAAACACAUGAUUAUGAAAAUGAUGUAUCGAAUAAAGAGAUUUGCCAUUAUCUUGUCCGGUUCGUUAAUGACAAAGCUCAAUUGCCUAAAUUACCUAAUUGGACUGGACAAUGGCCUAUUGUUCAGAGCGAAAAUGAUUUUUUACCGACUCUUCGUAAAAUUGGUGCUAUACUUCAUAAUAUUUUCACUGACAUACCACGACGAAUUCGACCCAUUCCUGAUGAUAUUGAACCGAUUUUUGCUGAUACAGUCUUUAAAGGAAGAAUAUUUGUUGUAGAUUGUCAAUCUCAUUCCUUGGUUCCAAAU